GGUCUUCUAGGUCGGUGGAUUUUGUUUUUGUUUAUGUUUUAUUUUUGCAAUAAAACUAACCGACUUUUUAUUUUGUUUUGUUGAAAUUAUUAACUGUAAUUUACGUUUGUGUUGCGGCAUAUCUGUGAUCUCUGAAUAGAAAGUUGCUAAAUUGUGCCUUAAACUUGUGAAACUAAAGGUUUUUUGUGAUUGUUUUCAUUUUGUGAAGUUCUAAUUUCAUGUAAAUCAUUAUUUUGAAUAAAAAUACCAGUUUUGUGACAAGAAUUUUGCCGUUCUGAUACGAGCGGGUCAUUUCCUGGGCUGUGAUUGGUCGAUUUGGUGACGCGAUGACGUGAUCUCGCCUCUGAUUGGCGGAGACUUCCCGCGUUAAGAUGUCGGGUCUGCCGACAAGGAGCGAUGAUGUUAUCAAUGGUGUCGACGUACGGGAACAAGGAAGUGCUUUAAGAGUGGCGAGCAACACUCCUCAUCUGGUGAGCCUGGGCACCGGACGCCUCAGUACUGCUGUCACGUUGCAUCCCAUCAAACAAGGUCGUGUGACAAUCGGCUCGGACCCAACAUGCGACAUUUACGUGGUAGGGACUGGGGUUGCCAGCGUUCACUGUCGAGUCGAGAACUCGCACGGUGUUGUUACACUGUACCCGCUCAGUGGAAGCACGCUGUUAGAUGGACUGCCAGUGGAAAAGCCCACUAGAUUAUCACAAGGUAGUAUGCUAACAAUCGGUCGAUCCAAUUAUCUCCGCUUCAACCACCCUGAGGAGGCGAAGCUGAUGAAGUCGGUUUUACCAUCAGCUCACGUCUCCAUGGCUCCUAUACAGUUCCAGCCCAACGAGCAAUGUUUACCGCCAGGUUACAUCAAUCAUCAUACGGAUUCAUCACAGUGCUAUCAAACGAACAUACAAAAAAUCUACAAAGAUACAUCUUUAUCACAAUUAGAUAAAGAACUAGAUAUGACAUUAAAAGAGAUGUCCAGAAAAAAACCACCUUUAGUCCCUAAAAAACCAUUCCGAGAUCUAGAUCAAUCAGAUUCCAACUCAGAUCAAGAAUCUAGACCUAAAAUGUCAGGGAUAAUGGCUAAAGUAUCAAAAUUCGAAUAUUACGCUAAACAACAAAAAUGCGUGGGUAGAAGUCAAUUUUAUACAACAAAUGAUAAUGAGAUAUCACCAAAAGUGUUCAGUUCCAACUCUUUGACAGUGAAUACGCCAGCUAAAGACGUAUUAGGUGAUAAAAUAGUUCCCAAUUAUAUGACAAAAUUCAAACACGAACAGAAAAUGAUAAUAUUAAAUGAGAAUAAUCUUGAAACGAAGAACUCUAACAUACGGAAUAAAACUAAAAUCGACGAUAUCGUAAGAAACUUCGACGAUACCAAACUUCCUAAGAAAAUAAACAAUGAAAUGAGAUCGGAAAAUGUAUACGGUCGUAUUAAUUCUGAAUCUAAAAGUAAUCUAGAUUGUAGAAACAAUCUGGAUGAAGAAUGUUCUAGAAGGGACCAGAAAGGGGUUGUGACGUCAUCUUUUGAUAGGAGUCCGCAAUAUCUACCAGUUUACAGCAACUGUCAAUAUGAAAGAAGUGAUGCUGAAAAUAUGAGAAUAAAGGCUUACCAGGACAGAAUUAAAGAAGAAGAACAGAAGGAGGCAGAAACUGCUCGGUUAGAGGAAAUACUGAACAUGUGCGCGGAGUAUGAAAGGCAGAUAGCCACAGGCAACCCCAUAACUCCGACAGAAAAGAGGUCACAUAAUAAAAUUAUCACAAACGGAUCUCUACCGCGCAGUGUCGCCCUCAACAAUCCCAACUUCAUACAAACCAGUGACGGAUAUUACAAAUUCGAUACAACCAAUAGGACAAUGAAUAAUUCCUUACCUUUACAAAGGAAUCUAUCCAAUUACGAAAACUUCGAUGAAACACAAGACCAAAUAACACCAGAAGUAACUAUCAACGAUAUCGGUAGAAUGGACGAAAUAGGUAUACCCAUCUUUGAUGAAGAGUUCACAGAAAUAUCUAGUCCUAUACUAAUAAGAAAAAACGGUGAAACAUCACCUAGUAAUAGUCCAUACGAAAAUAUGUAUUUCAAAAACUACAACUUCAAACCAAAAUCACCUAACACACAAAGUCCAAGAACCAGAAUAAAAACCACCUUCGCACAUAAGAAUCUCUCACCACAAUACUUUGUAUUCCCAACAGAAGUUAUAAAUAAAAAAGAAACUAAAUGUGCAGGUAUAGAAAAACAACUAAGUCUAGAUGACGAAAUACCUAUGAUAGAUGACACAGAUUUAGCUAACGAUCUAGAAUUCAGGUAUUCUAAAAUAUAUAACGAUAAAAUAGAAAAUCCAACAAAAGAAUCAAGUCCAGUAGAAAUAGAUAUUGAAAAAACUAUAAUAAAAAACAAAAGCUUCGAUGACGUAAAGAAAGAAUUAAUGGCAGAUAUACCUGAGUUGGAAGAAUUUGAAAAAGAUCUCAAAGAUAAUAAACGAGAUAAAAUAAUUAAGAACAUAACAGAAGAUGUUAGGAAAAUGGAUUUAGAAGCAAGUUCUAUAGAUAGUGCUGUUUUGGACGAUAAUGUAGAUGAUUUAAAAACUAAAUACGAUAGUUUUAAAGAAGAAAGAAAGAAAUUAGUUGCUGAAAUUCAUGAAUUAAAAUGUAAAAUGUCAGAAAUUAGAUCACAAGAAGAUGAUAUUUUACGAGACUUGGAAAUGGAGAAAGCCCUAAUCAAAGGAGAAUACGAUUCAGAGAUAGCGAUAUUAAAUAUAGAACAGAAGAAGAAAGCGGAAUUAACAGAGAACGCGAAGAAGAUAGAGGAAGAGAUCAAAGAGUUGAAGGAGAAACAAGAAAUACGACAGAACGAAAUAAGAGAAAGAGUUGAAAUCGCAACUAAGAAAGUUGAAAGAUUAGAAAAAGAUUUAAAAGAGAACGCGGCCACUUUAGAGGAAUUACAAAACGCGCAGGACAUUUUGGAUAACGAAUCGAAAAUCUUCGAAGAUUUAGAGUUCCAGCAUUUGGAAGAGGAAUCAGAGUUAUUAGCAAAUAGAGAAGAUAUACAGAACGAAAUCAUUUCAUUAACAAAGAAGAUAGACGCACAAAAAAGUAGAAUACUAACAUUAAAAUCUGAAGCCAAUAAUAAUCUGACAUCAGCAUUAGACGAAACUAAAAUAUUACAAUCUAGAUAUGUGAAAUUACUAAACCAAGUGGAAGAAUUAACGGGCAAAGUGCAAACUAUAGAGAAAGAAUUAAAACCGAUUGUAACUAAAUUGAACGAUAUCGAACGAACACAGUCACCUGAUAGUGCAUUUUACACAGACCAGACAAGAGCGAAAUCUGACGAAUUCGGUUAUUCCCCUCAAACUUCUGACAGCGAUGAAAUCGAUAUAAAAAUAACAAACUUCGAAGAUCAUACAAAACAUAUCAAAGACAAAUUCAAUUCCAUAGAUCAGAUGUCUCAAUCUAUGAUCGUUGAUUUGGGACGUGACGUCACAGAAGUUAACGAAACUCGCUUAAGCGAAAGCCCGUCUAAAUCUUCUACUUCUUCUAAAGAGAAGAAAGGAUUUUGGGAGAGGAAUUUCGAUUCUUUAAAGCGGAAAACCAAAGAUAAGAAGAAACCGGACAUUAUGUCACAGAGCUUCAACGAGAAUAUCUUCUAUAACAGUGAAAAUAUAGAAAUAGAUUUAGAUAAAUUCAACAGUUUAAGACAUUCUAAAAAGAAUAAAAAUAACGGUCCAUUAAAAAGUAACUCGUCAUCAAAGAUACCAACAUUCGCAGCGCUAGGGAAGAUAAUUAAAAAAGAUUCGUUUAAAAAACAUAAAAUAGACGAAGUUAAUGAAAAAAACCGUUACGUUAAAAACGUUAAACCGGUAACUGAUAAUAAAUAUAAAUCGAAAUCUUUGUCACCUGAUAAAGUACCAAAUGAAAUUAACAAUAAGAAUGAAUUAGCUAAAUCAAUGACGGUUACUUUCGAAAGAACAGAUUUUAAUGAUUCAGGAACUAAAUUAUUGUAUAGAAAGAGUUGUGGAGACGAACCUAAUAGGAGUUUAGAGUAUAAAAUGUCGGAAAGCGGUAAAAUUCCAUCACAAGAUGACAUAGAUCGUAUAUCGAAGGUGACAAUGGACGCCCCCAUACUGACAAGUGACACAGACAUGAAUUCUCUAGGUAAAAGGACAUUGGACAGUCUGAUGGAAAUAGAAAGAAAACGUAUCGAAAUGUUGGAAGAACAAGGAUGCCAAGUAAUAGAAAACGAAAGAGAGAAGAUAUCAGAAUUAAAACGCAGAGCUCAGGAUGAAACCAAAAAGCUAUGGGACCAGAAGAACAGAAUAGGACAGGCGAAGUCAUUCGACGGUGACGUCACAGAGAACGACCGAGCACGUGACGUCAUACUCGACAGACACGUGAACGACAGACUUGACAGACACGUUAGUGAAGUCAGACCUGAUAGACACGUCAAUGACGUCAGACCUGAUAGACACGUCAACGACGUCAGAUCUGAUAGACACGUCAACGAUGUCAGACCUGAUAGACACGUCAGCGACGUUAGAUCUGACAGACACGUUAGUGAAGUCAGACCUGAUAGACAAGUCAACGACGUUGGAACUGACAGAUACGUUGGCGACGUCAGACCUGAUAAAUACGUCACUGAUGACGUCAGAUAUGGAGUGGACGACGCGAGUGUGACAGAUGACGCGUUUAAUCUAACCAGCUCGACUAUAUUUGAAGAAAGGUGA